AUGGCGCGACUUAACGAGGCCCCGCCGCCGCCCGAAUCCGUCGAUCAGCUCAAGCGCCGCUUCAUCAGACAAAACCGCGAGCUUGCAAAAAACAACUCAGCCCAGUCCGUUCGCAUCCGCGCCCUUGAGACCGAGCAAGCCCGCAUCCUCGCCGAGAAUCUCUCCCUGCGAGAACAGAUCAUCCAAUUGCAGACAGAGCUUGAACAGUCCAGGGGUCAAAAUGCAGUCCAGCAGAUCAGCUCCGUCAAGGACCAGCUCGAGUCCAAGCUCCUUGAGAUAGGUAGCUUGGUUGCUGAGCUGAAUACGAUCAACAAGCCGUCGCGCAAGGUUCGGGUAUCGGAUGCAGGCCCUUCAAGAGCGGUGGAGCACUUCGAAUGGAGACGUGCAAUGAAGGAGCAGAUGGGUGAUCAGGACGACGACGAUGUCCUACCCACCAUCAAAGAGAACAAAUACUAUCCGCGUCGCACUCUGGAUGCUGAGGAGCUCCACGCGGUACUGACAAAUGCGACCGACGAUUCUCCAGACCUGGGUCCACCACCAGUUGCCCACUUCACCGACGAGGAUCCCAUCAAGUUUGACCCCAAGCCAGCAAACGACGACGCCAAUGAUGACAUGGAUUUGGACCAGAAGGAUGAGGAAGUACUCCCAGCCACCGUAUCAGUCAAUCUGGAGACAAGGAGGAAACGGAGGGACAGCUCCAAGCUAGAUCUCAGGAAAAUGUCUGUGUUCCAGUCCCCAGAAGAAGUCCACAAAGACGAGAACAAUGCACCGGAGCCUUCGAAAAUGGGAAGGAAGAGGAAGCUGAGCGCCACUGCUGAGGAGACAACUGGAGACGCCGGUGAGAAAGAUUGUCGGGACGACUUCAGAUUUAGCCGCAGAGGUGGUGACAGAGAAAACCGCCAACCUCUGGAGCCCAUCUCCAAGCAGAAUUCAACACUCGACAUGCUCAUGGCGACUGAGCGUAGGGCUCUAGGAGACAAAACAAACACGUCUCCGAAGAAGGUACAGAGGUCUGAUUCCAAGUCGGACACGAAGAAGCUAGAGUUCCCGAAAGAGGCUGCUCGCAAUCGGGUGAGAGAGCGGAAGUCGAGGGCUGCAGUGGUCAAUGUUGCCCCGAUGGAGUCGAAUGAAGUCGAAACGGCGGAUAUCCAGAUCGAGGAGGCACAACAUCAAGAGCAACCGGAGCUUCCACCAAAAACUCCGGCUGGCCUCGAUCUCACCUCUCCCACAUCAACGGAGCCAUCGGCGGCUCGUCAAGAACCGAAGGACACACCGCCUCCUAGUGAAUUCGGCGCUACCAACUCUGACACGUCUGCAGCCGGACGCCCGUCGAGGCGUGCUCGGUCUCAAGUCAAUUAUGCUGAGCCAAGCUUGGUCAGCAAAAUGCGCCGUCCUACCAAGGAUCUCGUCGACGCAGUGGUGGAUGGUCGGCGUUCAUCUGGUGCCCAGUCUGACCAAACCAAAUCUGCAUCUAACUCAACGAACCCGUUGCGGACCGUAGUGAUCAAGCGAGAACGGCCAGAAGAUGCACAUUCUGCCAAAUCACACUCUGUAUCGGAGCCAGCCGAGCCCCACAGUCCACUGAGCAGUAAGACUGCAGCAGCUCAGCUCGCUUCAGAAACGCAGAUGAAAGAGUAUGAGGAUAAAGACGCGAAGGAUGUGGAUGAGAAGCCGACAAAAUCCGCAAGUGCAAUGAAGGACCUCCUAUCAAGCUCCACCUCUGCAGCAGCAUCUCGAAGGAAGACAAGUGCGACCAAGGACUCUUCAACAGACACGGCCGGUAAGGACCGCCCGGACCUCGCCAUCUUCGACUUCAACAACAUCGAUGGAUCCUCACAACCUGACGGCAAGGAUGGUGCUUCAUCGUCACACGAUGAGAAUGCAGAGCAAAUCAUGAAGAGAAGCAGGGCUCUUGCAGCGAAGACAGCCGCCUCAUCGAGUAGUCGACGCCACUCUUCAGUCGUGUCGACGUCAAUGAAAGACCGGGAGGGUGGGGAGAGAGCAACAUCAACCUCCAAGAGCGUGGCUUUCAGCGAUGAGUCGACCCGUGCUAAAGCCCCACGCCAGUCGAAAAGCUCGUCUGCAACAGCAGAAGGACGAACAGACAGAAGCUCGACGAGGAGGAGAAGCAUGAUGGUCUGA